CAGAUGGAGCUCCAGAAGGGUUCCUCUGUCCAACGGACAUUCGUUUCUGCCAUCCUCAGCCUGCUAUCACUCGGCCUCUCCGCAGCAUCCCUGCUCAGCAGCGAAUGGUUUGUGGGCACACAGAAGGUGCCCAAGCCCCUGUGCGGGCAAAGUCUGGCAGCCAAGUGCUUUGGCAUGCCGAUGUCCUUGGAUGGGGGCAUCACCAACACAUCAGCCCAGGCGGUGGUACAAUACACCUGGGAGACUGGGGAUGACCGCUUCUCCUUCCUUACCUUCCGAAGUGGCAUGUGGCUAUCCUGUGAGGAAACCAUGGAAGAACCAGGGGAGAAAUGCCGAAGCUUCCUUGAACUCACACCACCAGCCGAGAGAGGUGAGAAAGGACUACUGGAAUUUGCCGCGUUGCAAGGCUCAUGUCACCCCGCUCUCCGAUUUGGAGGGGAGUGGUUAAUGGAGAAGGCUUCCCUCCUCCACCUCCCCUUGGGGCCUGUGGCAAACGUCCUCUGGUUCUCCCUGGGAGCCCAAAUUACCUACAUCGGACUUGAAUUCAUCAGCUUCCUCCUGCUACUAACGGAUCUGCUGCUCUCCAGUAACCCUGGCUGUGGGCUCAAGCUAAGCGCCUUUGCAGCCGUGUCCUUGGUCCUGUCAGGCCUUCUGGGGAUGGUGGCUCACAUGCUGUUUUCACAAGUGUUCCAGGCAACUACCAACUUAGGCCCGGAGGACUGGAGACCACAUUCUUGGAAUUACGGCUGGGCUUUCUACGCGGCCUGCAUCUCCUUCACCUGCUGCAUGGCGUCGGCCGUCACCACCUUCAACACAUACACGAGGAUGGUGCUGGAGUUCCAGUGCAGGCACAGCAAGAGCUUUAAUGCCAACCCCAGCUGCCUGGCACGUCACCACCGCUGUUUCCUUCCCCAGCUGACAUGCGCAGCCCACUCAGGGGAACCUUUGACCAGCUGCCAUCAGUACCCUAACCGUCCCAUCCGCUCCGUCUCCGAAGGUAUCGACCUCUAUUCAGUGCUACAAGACAAGGAAUUUCAACAAGGGACCAGCCAGGAGCUAAAAGAAGUGGCUGGGUCAUCUGUAGAAGAGCAGUUUUAGGAGUUAAGUGGGUUUGGGGAGCAGGCUAAACCCUACC